GAAUUCACCGCUUUCACUGAUCUCUUCGUGUCCGCAAACGCUGAGAACUGGACGAACGGGGCUUUCUAUCAGGUGGCAUUCACGGCAGAAUCUGAGAACUCGGUUGUCAUCGAUGGCGUGACGCCCGGAGCCCUGUACGACAUCCAUUGUUGGUCUACGGACGCGGCGAACAGCUCUGGACCCGAAGCGAAUGAAAAUCCUGUGACCGUCACCGCGGUCGAUCUCGUGGG